UUUUGUUUUGAUAUUUUACGUUUAGUGUCUAACUCAAUUACAGGUAGUAAAUGAUAUUGGCCCAAAGUCAGGAUAGCACAUCGAUAAAUUAAAAGAAGAAGAGAAAUGUGCGUGUUUGCCGCGGAAAAUCGUUACUCUUAGUGAUGGAAUCACUUCCGAUAACAUUACUUCCUGCGAGCCCGCGCGCUAGCGGGCUAGUCAGCAGAUUCUUAGCAACUGAAGAAGCUGUUGACAUUGUCAAAGAGGAAAGCUUCAGGUUUUGUCGCAAAAAAACGCACUACUUUCAAAAUGCCAGAUAAGGUUCGAUUAGCGAAUAUCCAUGAGGCUGUUCGAUAUGGCGACGUUCUUGAACUCCAAGCCAUGGUUCAGAGAGGAGCUGGUAUCAACGACUUGGAUAGCAAGUUCAAGUUUACGCCGUUGCAUUGGGCGGCACACCAUGGAACCCUUGAGUGCUUACACUGGCUGUUAUGGCAUGGGGCUGAUCCCUCUGACAGGACACCAGAAGGAUGGACGGCGGCACACCUUGCUGCGAUAAGAGGGCAAGAUGCUUGUGUACAGGCUUUAGCUGCUAAUGGAGCUGAUCUUAAUGCUAAAGACAACAGAGGCUGUUCACCUGCCCAUCUUGCAGCAUCUCAUGGCAACUCCUACACUUUGCAGUCCAUUCUUAGGCAUGGAGUGGAUGUGAAUGCUACAGAUAACAUGGGUUGGACAGCAGUGCACUGCUCAGCAUUUCAUGGUAGACUUGGAUGCCUCCAGUUACUGAGUAGAUGGGGUGCCAGUCUUGAUGAGGUGGAUCAUGCAGGAAAUAUUCCUGCCCAUCUUGCAGCGAGCGAAGGGCAGCUGCCAUGCCUUAAAUUCCUGGUCUGCUCUGGUACCAGUAUCGACCACACCUUGAAUGCCAGGAAUGACCAGGGCGAAACUCCUAAAGACCUGUGUCAACAGUUUUAUAAGAAAGAAUGUAAUGAAUAUCUGAAGGCUGUUGAAUAUGAUCUUCUUCACCCUGAGGAUGAAGAAAACCUGGCCUUCCCAGCUCAUGUGGCAGCCUAUAAUGGUGAUCUUCCUCAGCUCAAAAUGUUAAUAGAGACAGGCGUGGUCUCCAUAUCAGAGCGCGACGAGAAGGGUUCCACCCCUGCUCACAAAGCGGCUGGUAAUGGACAUGUUCAGGUUCUGCAAUGGCUUGUGGAAAAUGGAGCAAACAUGCGUAUUGUGAACUCAGCUGGAGAGACUCCAAAAGACGUUGCACGGAGGUUUGGCCGGCUGGGCUGCAUCGCUAUUUUAGGAGGAGACUCGGAUGACGAGGGAAGUAACCAAGUUGACGAGGGUGCAGAAGAUUUCAAGCCCUCGGAGCCGCAGUCAAAAGCAGAGUCCAGGGGUCGUGCAAUGCGUAAGAUCGAGGAGUUGCAGCACUUGUUGGAUGUGGCCAAGAUGAACUACCGUCAGCUGGGCGGGGUCCUGGACGAGGACAAACGCAAGCAGGAAGAGGAACGAGAAAGCGCCAGGAUUAUAAGGGAGCUUGAAGCGCAACUCGAGUACGAGCGAGAAAAGCGAGAGAGACUGGAAGCACAGAUGGACAAGUUGCGUGCGCAGAUCCAUACGAUGACGCUACAACUAGAGGAUGAGAGGAACCGCUACCGAAAGACACCUUCUGAGAUGGCGCUUAGCUUUCGGAAUACGCAGCCCAUGCUGAGGCGGAAGAAGAAGAAAAACAAGCGGAUCGAUACCACUAACACGGGGGUGUUCGUCAAGCGAGGCGUGUCCAGCCCAAGACCCAUUCACUGCGAUUAGACGUCUAGCUAAGGGACCAUUCUAGAUGUAUUACAUAUUUUUGAAUUUAGGAGGAGGAAUGAAAAAUGAUAGUCCCCUAAAAUAAUGAACUGUGCCUAAUUAAGAAUCAACACGAGAAGAUUGAGAAAAGACAAGUCAUAGACGCAUACGAAUGGUGCUUUCUAAAUCAUCCUUUAGAAAAAUAGGUUUCUGGUAGCUGCCAACAAGAUGGAUAGUCUUGAGUCAUAUUUGUACAAGGUUUUUUGGCCUUUUGCCAUAGCUAAAUUUAGUUGUUGUUGUUCUGUUUUAGUUUUUUUUUUAAUCCCUGCAGACGGUAUGCAGCGGCUAGCCUAUGCGCAUGCGCCCUGCGCUAAUUACAAAAUACUGUACUUUUUAAACAACUUUGCGUCAUGGGAUAAUGAGUUAACUGCCGCAUGAUAAUAAACUUUUAUUAAUUCAUAACAUAUUUUUACGCAAUUUAUCACAUAAGUUACACUAUAUGGUAGCUUAGACAAUGAGUAUCUAUUUGUACAUUAAACAAAAUGUUUAAACGGUGGAAUUUUAACAAAAACACAAUGUAAAUAGCAUUAUGUGUAAAAGUAAACUUUCUAUUUAUUGGACGCAGAAAAGUUGGUGUGUAUCAUUAGAAAAAAUCGUAUAUUUACGCUAUUCUUACCAAUAUUGAUUCAAAUAAACAACUGAAAAACGAAA